AUGUUGAAGCUUUACCUUAAUGGCGUCUUCUGGUUUUUGUUAUGUCUUAAUUAUGCUUCCUCUCUCACCUCCGAUGGCCUCUCGCUGCUCUCUCUAAAAUCCGCAGUUGAUGGCGGCGACACGGCCUUUCCCAACUGGAACGACGACGAUAGUACCCCGUGUCAGUGGACCGGCGUCACGUGCGCCAACAUUUCCGGGGUUUCCGGACCACGUGUUGUUGGUCUUUCACUUGCCGGGAAAAAUCUCCGGGGUUACAUUCCGUCAGAACUCGGGAAUUUGGUGUAUCUCCGGCGACUCAAUUUACAUGGGAACAACUUCUACGGCUCAAUUCCAGACCCAAUCUUCAAUGCAACGUCGCUUCACAGUAUAUUCCUUUACGAUAACAACCUCACCGGUCGUCUACCGUCGUCGAUUUGCAAUCCACCUCGUCUCCAAAACGUCGAUUUAUCUCAUAAUUUACUCUCCGGCACCCUACAGAAGUUUCUAGGUAAUUGCCGGCAGUUGCAGCGGCUAGUUCUCGCCGGUAACAAAUUAUCCGGCGAAAUCCCGUCAGGAAUCUUCCCGGAGUUAGCGAAUUUGGUUCAGCUUGAUAUCUCUUCAAAUUCUCUCAACGGAUCAGUACCUUACGAUAUCGGCCAAUUGAAAUCGUUGUCGGGAACCCUAAAUCUUUCUUUCAACCGAUUCACCGGAAAGCUACCAGAAUCUUUAGGUGAUUUGCCGUUGACCGUAAGUUUUGAUCUCCGAGACAAUAAUUUCACCGGAGAAAUACCACAAACAGGUUCUUUCUCGAACCAAGGCCCGACGGCGUUCUUAAACAAUCCAUCACUUUGCGGAUUUCCGUUGCAGAAAACCUGCCGGGAUAGUAAUUCGGCAACUCCCCCAGGAACCCAGAGUGUUACGCCCACCAUCGACGAUAAUGAUUCCAAAAAGGGGUUGAAACCAGGUAAACGUAGAUUUGGCGGAAAUCAGAAAUCCAAAUUCUGUUCAUUUCCAUGUGUAGGUGGAUUUCCCAACACAGAUUCAGAAAUUGAGUCGGAAAAGGGUAGCGGCGUUAGUGUUAGUGGUGGCGGCGGUGGCGGUGGUGGUGGUGGUGGUGAAGGAGGAGAGCUUGUAGCGAUUGAUAAAGGGUUUAGUUUUGAGUUAGAUGAAUUGUUGAGAGCUUCUGCUUAUGUGUUGGGGAAGAGUGGUCUGGGGAUUGUGUAUAAAGUGGUGCUCGGAAAUGGGAUUCCGGUAGCCGUGAGGCGGUUGGGUGAGGGCGGUGAACAGCGGUAUAAGGAGUUUGUGGCGGAGGUUCAGGCAAUUGGGAGGGUGAAACAUCCAAAUGUGGUGAAAUUAAGAGCUUAUUAUUGGGCUCCCGAUGAAAAGCUGCUGAUCAGUGAUUUCAUUUCUAACGGCAAUUUGGCUUCCGCAUUACGUGGUCAAACAUCAACAGUUCUUUCAUGGUCAACAAGGUUAAGGAUCACGAAAGGUACUGCCAGAGGCUUAGCGUAUCUCCAUGAAUGUAGUCCUCGAAAAUUUGUUCAUGGAGACAUCAAGCCCUCGAAUAUUCUUCUUGACAAUGAGCACCAACCGUAUAUAUCUGAUUUCGGUUUGAACAACCUUAUUAGCAUCACCGGCAACAACCCGUCAUCCUCAGGCGGCUUCAUGGGUGGGGCCCUUCCAUACUUAAAAUCAACUCAAACGGAAAAAGUCAACAACUAUAGAGCACCCGAAGCCCGAGUGUCAGUCAACCGACCAACACAAAAAUGGGAUGUUUAUUCUUUCGGUGUAGUGGUGCUUGAACUGCUAACUGGAAAGUCGCCUGAGCUUUCGUCUCCCACAACCUCAACUUCAACUGAACUCCCAGAUUUAGUGAAGUGGGUAAGGAAGGGUUUUGAAGAGGAAACUCCACUAUCUGAUAUGGUUGAUCCGAUGUUACUUCAAGAAGUACAUGCAAAAAAAGAAGUUCUAACAGUGUUUCACUUAGCCCUUGCGUGUACUGAGCGAGACCCUGAUAUUCGACCCCGAAUGAAAACGGUGUCCGAGAGUCUCGAAAGGAUUAGAACAUAAGUCAACUAAUAAUGAGUUGAACUAUGUUUUUUUUGAUCAAGGAUAAAUAAGUUCUAGUUAAUUGUCAUGCUAUUAUUUGUUGGAAUGUAACAGAAAAUCAUAUUUUUGGUGAUGGGAUGGUUCACAUUGGUUGUUGAAAGAAUCUUUCAUUUUCUAUGAAAAGGAAGGUACAUUUUAUGAAAGGACAUUGGUCUUUCUUUAAUAGGAAACAAAUUCCCUUGUAACAGAAAAUUACAAAUUUGUUAUUAGUUUACCAUCUUUUUCUUUUAUCUUUUAAACUUCUUGUAAUAUUAGAAUACAAGUGAAAUUUGAUAAAAUUGUUUUAAUGAUUACGACA